ACCGCACACUGACUAUACCGGAAGAGAGAGGCAACGGAAACCGACGGGGGCCAAAAUUAACCCAGUUGGGGCGUUCCGUUUGCCUGAGGCCGGGGAAAGGCUGGGAAAGGAAUUGAACUGGGAUGAGUGACACUCGGGGGAGGUCUUGAAGCUGCUUGAGUGUCUCUGAGGGGCGGCCGCAGGUGUCCUGUUCGGGAGGGCCAUGGAGGACGAUGCACCGGUGAUCUAUGGGCUGGAGUUUCAGGCCCGUGCUUUAACACCCCAAACUGCAGAAACAGAUGCCAUUCGAUUUUUGGUUGGGACACAGUCUCUUAAAUAUGAUAAUCAGAUCCACAUCAUAGAUUUUGAUGAUGAAAAUAAUAUUAUAAACAAAAAUGUUCUGCUCCAUCAAGUGGGUGAAAUUUGGCACAUUAGUGCCAGUCCAGCUGAUAAAGGUGUGCUAGCAACCUGCUACAAUCAAACUUCAGACAGUAAAGUCAUGACAUGUGCGGCUGUGUGGAGGAUGCCGAAGGAAUUGGAAUCAGGCAGUCAUGAAUCCCCUGAUGAUUCAUCAAGCACCACUCAGACCCUGGAGCUACUCUGUCACCUUGACAACACAGCCCAUGGCAACAUGGCCUGUGUUACAUGGGAGCCAAUGGGCGAUGGUAAAAAGAUAAUUUCAUUGGCUGAUAACCAUUUGCUAUUAUGGGAUUUGCAAGAAAGCUCAAGCCAAGCUGUGUUGUCCAGUUCUACAGCAUUAGAAGGGAAAGGUCAGUUGAAGUUUACUUCUGGUAGAUGGAGCCCACAUCACAACUGCACCCAAGUUGCAACAGCCAAUGACACUACCAUCCGGGGUUGGGAUACUCGAAAUAUGAGCCAGAUAUAUUGCAUAGAGAAUGCUCAUGGACAGCUGGUACGGGACCUUGACUUUAAUCCCAAUAAACAAUACUACCUGGCUAGUUGUGGAGAUGAUUGCAAGGUGAAGUUCUGGGACACUAGAAACGUUGGUGAACCUGUGAAGACACUCGAUGAGCAUUCCCAUUGGGUGUGGAAUGUGCGCUACAACCACUCUCAUGACCAGCUGAUCCUCACGGGAAGCAGUGACAGCAGAGUCAUUCUUUCAAACAUGGUGUCGAUUUCCUCAGAGCCCUUUGGCCAUUUGGUAGAUGAAGAUGAUCUUAGUGACCAAGAAGAGCACCAUCAGGAAGAGAAGAGCAAAGAGCCUCUGCCUGACAGUGUCAUUGCCACCUAUGAAGAGCAUGAAGACAGCGUGUAUGCAGUGGAGUGGUCCUCGGCAGACCCCUGGCUCUUUGCCUCUUUAAGUUAUGAUGGAAGACUUGUUAUUAACAGGGUUCCCAGGGCUCUAAAAUAUCAUAUAUUACUUUAAUUUGUUUGGAUGCCAUUCCUGAUUCAUCCUCUUGGCAUAUUUGUGAAAAUUUGCAGCAAUUUGAAGGUAAUUAGUUUUCCAAAUAGUUCCUACUCUAGGAGAACCCAUAUUGCCUUCUUUUUAAUGUAAGCAUUUAUAAAUAAUAAUAAAGCCUUCCACCAACUAACUAUACAAACUGACACUUUUAAAAAAGUUUUUUCCUUUAUUGAAAGUAGAAAAUGACAUCUUUGGAAAGUUCAUUGAAAAUAUUGGGGGAGGAGGGGUUCCUAUCCUAUUUCAAUUCAGGAAAAGAGUUCCUGUCUAAUCACUGCUCUUUGUUUUUUGUUUGUUUCAAAAGAUAAUGUAAGGUUCAUGAAAAUAUGGAAAUUUUUUUAUUCCUAUUUCUAUACAAAUAACCUUGUCUUUCUCUUGAUUAAUCAUCAUCAUCAUAAUAAACAAGGUCAUGUUUCAUGAA